AUGUCCAAGGACAGAGUACAGGAGCAUAGAGAUGACAUCCUCUAUGAAAGAGAUACUAGCGUAGUUCGUCAUUUAAGAGAGGUAUGUCACCAUGCAGACUGCCAGCAAAUGAAUCAAAAAAAUCCUUUGAACUUGUGUGAGUCAUGUGAUGUCAAACUUCACAGCAACAUGCACUUUGACAGACACAUACGCUUUGACUUGCCACCUCAAGGUUCCAUUCUGUCCCGUAACGUCUCCACGCGAUCAUGUCCUCCGCGUACCAGCCCAGCAUCUGAUGUUGAGGAAGAUUAUGAGGAUUUAAUGGAUGGGAAAGGGGACAAAAAAACUACAGGACUGAAGUUAACCAAGAAGAAAACCAGGAGAAGGCAUACAGAUGAUCCUAGUAAAGAAUGCUUUACUUUAAAGUUUGAUUUGAAUGUUCAUAUCGAAACAGAGAUUGUCCCAGCAAUGAAGAAAAAAUCUCUAGGGGAAGUUUUGAUACCUGCUUUCGAAAGAAAAGGAAUAGAACUAAAUAAGGUGGAAAUAUUUCUGGACCAAUCAAAUACACCUUUGUCACUCAACUUUGAGGCAUAUAGAUUUGGAGGACAUUAUUUGAAAGUUAAAGCCAAACCAGGUGAUGAACUGAAGGUGGAGCAGGCGGUGAAAGAUUUCAGGUCAUUGAGUUUACCAAUAAUGAGGAAUACAGGCGCCACAUCAGCAAUUAUAUUUAACCCUACAACGGAUCGCUCUGAUCAGCCUCCAUUCCGACGAGAGAGCUCAGAUAUACUGGCUCCUGGAAGAAGGAGAAAGAAUAUGAAUGAAUUCCUUGGAGAUGCAAAUUCCCCAUGCAAGAUUCACCCCAGAAUGGUAGCAGAUCUCUUUCCUAACAACGGCACAGAUACCUGGAAGAACAGAGCCGCAAGUCGUUUUAGUGGGUUUUUUGGUUCUGGGUCUACAGGUCCUUUUGGAAGGGAAAUAGACAAGAUGAAGCAAUUGGAAAGCAAGUUGCAUUCAUAUAGUAUGUUCGGUCUCAAGCUGCCCCAGCAACUUUGUUAUGAUCAGGAUUCAUGGGAGGAAGAAGAAGACGAUACAAACCUUAGUCUUGAAGACAGCUGGCAAGAAAUCCUUGAGGUUCCCGAGACUUUAACCAGGAGACAAUGCCACCAGCAGGGCAUCUGGGAACUAUUGCACACAGAAGCUACUUAUAUCAAGAAACUGAAAGUGAUCAAGAUCAUAUUUCUGUGUGCCUUCUGAAUCUUCCAGGAGUCAGGAUUAAUAUGCGAGUUGAGCCUGAAAAAACUGUUCAGCAAUGUUCAGGAGAUUAUUCAGAACAGAACGUUGUGGAGAAGUGUGAUACUGCCGGUAUUGGAGAAAAACCAGAGAAACAAAGAGCUUACUGAACCCAUGGACUUCCAGAAAGGAUUCAAAAUGUUUGAAACACUUUUCAAGCCAUACAUCAGAUAUUGUAUGGAAGAGGUGGGCUGUAUGGAAUAUAUGAGGAACCAUCGUGACAAUGAUCUUUUUAAAGCUUAUGUAACGUGGGCUGAGAAACACAAGCAAUGUAAUCGCUUGAUGAGUGACAUGUUGGUUAAACCACAUCAACGUCUGACCAAAUAUCCUUUGCUAUUAAAGUCAAUUCUAAUGAAGUCAGAUGCACAAUGAGGAGAGUCCUUUAUCACAAUGAUAAAUUCAGUGGAACGAUUUAUUAACCAUGUGAAUUCACGUAUGCCAAGACAAGAACAGCAGCGACUGGCAGCCAUAAUCAGCCGUAUUGAUUCUUACGAAGCUGUGGACAGUAGCACAGACGAAGUGGAUAAGAUUCUGAAAGAGUUCUGUAGGUUGGAUCUUACUUCUCCCAUGAUUGGAACCUCCACAGAUGAAAAAAGGCAACUGCUCUUGGAGGGAAGUCUGACAAUGAAAGAAGGCAAAGAUAGCAAGAUGGAUGUCUAUUGUUUUCUGUUCACCGAUCUCUUCCUCAUCACAAAACCAGUAAAGAAAGCUGAAAGAACUAAAAUUAUUAGACAACCUUUAUUAGUGGAUAAAAUUGUGUGCAGAGAACUGAAAGACCCAGGUUCCUUCUUGCUGAUUUAUCUGAAUGAAUUCCGAAGUGCAGUUGGUGCAUAUACAUUCCAAGCCUGUGGCCAGAACUUAUGUAGAGGAUGGAUUGAAGCCCUUUACAAUGCACAGAAUCUGUUGCAAAGACUGCGUCAGGAAUAUCAACAGAAUCAGCAACAAGUGACUAACUUGCAAGAAGAGGAAGAUAUGGAAAGUGGAACAUCUACAGCUAGUUCUCCAACCAUUCUACGGAAGAACAGUGUUGAUAUGCUACACAGUCAAUCGGACAGUUCAACAGAAACCAUCUCGGUCGUGGUGAUUGAUGCUAGUGAAGAACUUUCAUCUCCAGAUGUUGCAGGACCCUUUGGUUCUCAGUCAGAUGAGACAUCUAUUAGUACUACAGCAUCAUCCAUCACACCAACUGGAGACAUGAUUGAAAGUUUGGAAACUUCAGAAACACUUCCCAUUGGGGAUUCUAAUUAUCUUCAACUGGAACAAAAUGGAUGCCGAUCAUCAUCUUUUGACAGUGCCUACGGAACUCUCUCACCCACGUCACUGGAAGAGUUUGUAGAGCGUCAGCAUCAAGAUUUAGCAGAGGAAGAGAGAGAAUCUGUUUGUUCCCAACGUUCAUCUUCUCCUAAACUCCGUAGGCGUACUCCAGUGCAACUACUGCCAUGCAAGUCCAGGGUCUUAAAAUCCAAAUCAGAAGCUAAUCUUCUUCACCUAAUAUCUACAUGCCCUUCCUCAGAUGCUUGUGAGGAUACUCAACUUACUCAAAGUAAAAGUCUGUGUGAACUUUUUAUGUCUCAAAGCACAGAUACUUUAUUGCAUUCAAAUAGCCACACCAACGGCAGUGCUCGUUAUAUAGCCAAAAGGAUUAGCAUGGUGGAAAGUUCAUUACAUGAAUCUGAAGUACACUUAAUAAAACCCAGAUCAAAAUCUGACUGUACACAUUCUAGAGUGGUUAAUUUGAGUAGUUGUAGUAGUAGUUCAUCUGAACUUUCAGAACCCGAAAACAUUGGAUUUACAAGUGUUGCUGCACAUGGGGAAGAGAAUCAACAUUGUAUGGAGCAAUUGUCUGAAAAGCGUCGGUCACUGCAAGAAGAUGAGAUGGGCACUAUCACAUAUGUGCGCAGUAGUUCAUUCACUGAACAUUAUGUUGAGAUGGAAAUGGACAAUACUAAUGGUUCUGGCAACGCGAGACGGACAGCGUCGGAUCCACAAUCAUCCCAGCAUAGGAAACUGACAUUGGCUCAGCUCUACAGAAUAAGAACCACUUUAUUGCUUAAUUCUACCCUGACUGCUUCGUAA